AUGUAUCUGAAUAUGAUCUACAAAACCGAGAGGAACAAAGAAAAUCUCGUUCAGACUGCCUGGAACUACAUGAAUGAUUCAUUUCGAACUACUCUCUUUUGCGAGUAUCAACCGGAAGUGAUCGCCUGUGCUUGCAUCUUUCUGGCCGCUCGGAUGCUCAAAAUCCCGCUGCCCGGGUCAGAUGAAGAGACCGAGCCCAAACAGUGGUACGAACUGUACGAUGCGAAAACGGAAGAUGUUGAAGCGAUCGCGAUAAGGAUUUUGCAGCUUUAUACGAAUCCUACUAGGUCUUUUGAUGAGCUGAUGGAAAAAGUGAAGCAACUGCAAGAAAUCAAAAAGAAACAGCUGAAAAAACUCAACGCCAGUUCGCAAGAUUUAGACUCGCCCUUGGCCAGUGGUCAAAACAGUCCAGCUGCUGAUUCACCAAAUAUCGAACAAGCGGUUACCAAGAACUCGCCAAAGCGAAAAAGAACACGAACGAGAUCGAGAUCACGUGAUUCUCGUCAUCGCCACGAGAAGAAAGAUCGACGAGAUCGGGAUAGGAAAAAGAGCCGAGAUGCUUCUGAUAGGGAUCGUGAAAGAAGAAGGGAUAGGGAUCGACGAAGAAGCAAGGAUAGAAAGCGCAGAUCGCGCUCGCGAACGAGGUCCAAAUCCAAUUCUCGCGAUAAAGAGCGAAGGCGAGAGCGGCGAUCGGACCGCGAACGGAAAUAG